UCACAAACAGAAGUUGGCAAUCAGCACUAUCAUCUGGUUUGGAAAACGUGGUAAAGACGCGGCGGUGAAAAAAAUGGGUCCGAAAUCUAAAAAGGGAGCUGAAAAACCCAAAGGUGCAGCAGCUGCUGCAAAGCCAACUAAAACUGAAAAACCUAAAGAAGAGAAAAAAGAUGUUCCCGCACCAGUCCCUAAAGUUGUUGCUAAAGGUACAGAAAAGGUUGUACCUAAGGGUAAAAAAGUUGGAGGUGCUCAGGCAAAGGCUAAAGCUUUAGUUGCAAGGAAGAAGGUGGUGAAAGGAGCUCAUGGAACCAGAACGAGAAAAAUCCGAACAACUGUACAAUUCCGACGACCCAAGACUCUUACUCUCCAACGAAAGCCAAAAUAUCCCAGGAAAAGCUGUCCUAGGAGGCCAAGAUUUGAUCAGUGGUCAACCAUUAAACAUCCAUUAACAACUGAAUCAGCAAUGAAGAAAAUUGAAGAUAAUAAUACAUUGGUAUUUAUUGUGCAUAAAAGAGCAAAUAAGCCUCAGAUUAGGAAUGCAGUGAAGAAGUUGUAUAAUAUUGAUGUACAGAAAGUGAAUACUCUCAUAAGACCUGAUGGGCAAAAGAAAGCUUAUGUAAGGUUAGCUCCUGAUUAUGAUGCAUUAGAUGUUGCUAAUAAGAUUGGAAUCAUAUAAAUGGACUUCUUUAAUUUUGAAAUAAAAGUUUAAUUUAAAAAAAAAGAAA